GCCAUACACCAUUUAUCAAUUGGCAGGAGCAAAUCGGCGAAGGAAGCUGUUUCUCUCUAAAGAUACGCUGCUCUAAAAGUCAACAUAUCCAUCCAUCCAGCUUCUAGUAGCUCAGACAAGACGAUAGUCCCCCAUCGCCUCAAGGAUCUCCAAGAGGCAAGGUAGAAUAUACAACGACUCCUAAUCCAUCUGUAUAUUUGACACCCCCCUAAGAACAAUGGCACCACACGCAUUUUCUACUGGCACUCUCAGCCUCCUUACGCUGCUCGCCAGCAGCCCCCUCUCCUCUUGCCAGGGCAACUCAUUCCCACCACCAGACCUAACCGAAUCAGGAGUCGUCCCAACACUAACCCCCGUGCCUGGGAACAACAGCCGUGAUGGCACCCGAGAAGGGCCCAACGGCCUCCGCAUUAUUGACGAUGAUGCGAAGUACCGCUACGCGGGCUGUUGGUCCGAGACUACCGAGCUCACACCCCACACCCGGGCUCUAGACGGCGUGUACCUGACCGUGGUCGGCCAGAUGCAAGUGAGCCCAUGCAUCAACUAUUGUGCCCACUCAUACAACCACAAUCACCCUGAGAAGAAGGGCUGGCAGUACGCCGGCCUCGAGUACGCCCGCGAGUGCUGGUGCGGUGAUAACCUGUCGUUGAGGAGUAUGCACCUCGCGGAAAGUGCUUGUGACACACCUGUACGUAUAUCUCCGCAACCCUUACCCCUUACAAUUAAUCCUCUUUUUUCAAAGCUAGACGUGUGAAGAAAGUGGAAUAAUCGACUAAUCCAUGUUCUAGUGCGACGGUGCCAAUUCAACAGUGUGCGGAGGACAUCUCGCCAUCACGCUGUACAAUGCCACAUCCCCGGACAGCAACAAGCCAGGAAGUGGCAAUCCCGGAACCGUUGAGCCACCGAAGACGAGCGGAGCACCUGUAGUAUCAGGAGGAUCGAAAACACCUGUAAUUUCAGGAGGAUCAAAAACAAGUGGUGCGCCCGUAAUAUCGGGAGGAUCAAAGACGAGUGAUGCUGAAAAACCGGCGCCGGUGGGCGAGGCUGUUGCACAGGCUGUGGGCGUAGGCCUCGUGGUUGUGGCGGUCACUUUUGUUCUCGGCAUGGGAUGCUUGUGAGUGGGGGUAGAUGUGAGGAAAGAGGUGGUUUCUGCUGUUUGUUUCUUUUGUUGAGAUCCUAUGGAUUUGUUCGAGUCGGCAUUGAAGUCUUAAUAACCUCGGUGGACGUUGGUGUUAUAGAGUCGUUCCUUUAAGAGCUAGUUGUCGUGAAGAAACCUACCUACAUAUGAGACUCGGGGCGGAGGAGCCCGUUGCAUGGAGUUAGAGGGAGGUGUUGAAUAAUGGAUAUGGAGGGAGCAUCCAUCCGCGUUAUCCUAAAUUGCCUGAAUACAACGCUAUCAAUAUUAGAAGACCCAGUCUCAUCAUUAUGCUAUUUCAUCUCUCG